GUGGCGGGGGCGGGCGCAGGGCGAGAGGGGCCGGCCCAGGGCCGCGCUACGUGUCCCGCAGCCCUUAUAGCCCCGGCCCGCCGGGCCCGCCGCCGCAGCACCAUGUCGAGCCGGGAGCACACGGGAUCCACCAACGUGGUUUACCAAGCCCAUCAUGUCAGCAGGACUAAGAGAGGACAGGUCGUCGGCACCAGGGGAGGAUUCCGAGGCUGCACGGUUUGGCUCACAGGCCUUUCUGGAGCUGGCAAGACCACCAUUGGCUUUGCUCUGGAAGAGUACCUGGUGGCUCAUGGCAUCCCGUGCUACUCCCUGGACGGCGACAACGUCCGGCACGGCUUGAACAAGAACCUGGGCUUCUCUGCGCAGGACCGCGAGGAGAACAUCCGCCGCAUCGCCGAGGUGGCGCGGCUCUUCGCCGACGCGGGGCUCGUCUGCAUCACCAGCUUCAUCUCCCCCUUCACCAAGGAUCGUCGAAACGCACGGAAGAUUCAUGAGGCAGCUGGACUUCCUUUCUUUGAAAUCUUUGUGGAUGCUCCUCUAAAUAUUUGUGAAAGCAGAGAUGUGAAGGGCCUGUACAAAAAGGCAAGAGCUGGAGAGAUCAAAGGAUUCACGGGGAUUGACUCAGAGUAUGAGAAGCCCGAAGCUCCUGAGCUGGUGCUGAAAACAAACGUUGCUUCGGUGUCUGAGUGCAUCCAGCAGGUCGUGGAGCUGCUCCAAGCACAGAACAUCGUGCCCCAGGGCUCAGUCAAGGAUGUUCUGGAGCUGUUUGUGCCUGAGGAUAAACUCAGCAGUGUCCGGGCUGAGGCAGAGAAGCUGCCAGCAGUGGAGAUCACUAAGCUGGAUCUGCAGUGGGUGCAGGUGCUGGGCGAAGGCUGGGCCACUCCCCUGACAGGAUUCAUGCGGGAGGCAGAGUACCUGCAAGUGCUGCACUUUGGCACCCUGCUCAACGACGGCGUGGUGAACCUGAGCAUCCCGAUCGUGCUGCCGGUGUCUGCGGAGGACAAGCAGCGGCUGCAGGGCAGCGCGGCGCUGGCGCUCAGCUUCCAGGGCCGCCGCGUCGCGGUGCUGCGCAGCCCCGAGUUCUUCGCGCACAGGAAGGAGGAGCGCUGCGCCCGCGUCUGGGGCACCGCCUGCCCCCGCCACCCGCACAUCCAGAUGGUGAUGGAGAGUGGAGACUGGCUGGUUGGUGGAGACCUGCAGGUCCUGGAGAAGAUCAAAUGGAACGAUGGGCUGGACCAGUACCGCCUGACCCCGCUGGCCCUCAAGCAGAAGUUCAGGGAAAUGAAUGCUGAUGCCGUCUUCGCGUUCCAGCUGCGCAACCCAGUGCACAACGGGCACGCCCUGCUCAUGCAGGACACGCGGCGCCAGCUGCUGGAGAGGGGCUACAAGAACCCCGUGCUGCUGCUGCACCCCCUGGGCGGCUGGACCAAGGACGAUGACGUCCCUCUGGAGUGGCGCAUGAAGCAGCACGCGGCCGUGCUGGAGGAGCAAGUCCUGGACCCCAAGUCCACCAUCGUGGCCAUCUUCCCCUCUCCCAUGCUCUACGCCGGCCCCACGGAGGUGCAGUGGCACUGCCGAGCCCGGAUGGUGGCGGGGGCCAACUUCUACAUCGUGGGGCGCGACCCGGCGGGAAUGCCACACCCCGACACCAAGCAGGACCUGUACGAGCCCACGCACGGCGGGAAGGUGCUGGCCAUGGCCCCCGGCCUCACCUCCGUGGAGAUCAUCCCCUUCCGCGUGGCUGCCUACAACAAGCUCAAGAGAGCCAUGGACUUCUAUGACCCCAAAAGGCACGACGAUUUUGACUUCAUCUCAGGAACGCGCAUGAGGAAGCUUGCUCGGGAAGGGGAAAACCCCCCGGAUGGCUUCAUGGCCCCCAAAGCCUGGAAAGUCCUCACCACGUACUACCAGUCACUGGAAAAAAAGAAUUAACUCCUCCUCCUCCCUAGAAAUGCCUGUAUUAAGAGUGAGCAAUGAUCGUUUGAUUCCCUGUGACACAGAUCACUUGGCAUGACCCUGGGAUUUUCCUGCCUGGGUCAGAGUGUUUUUUACCAAUCAGAAAUACUUUGAGCCUGAUCUUUCUCCUCCUAGAGCUGCUGGGAGUGUCCCCACGGAGCUGGAAGGGGUGGGGAGCAGCCCCUUUGUUCCUGACUGGCACCAGGACGUGCCACUGGGAUCAUUGUGGCGCUGCCAGGGCCACACAGCAGCUCCCAGUGCACAGCGGGGGCCUCAGACCAGGAUAAAUCCUGCCUGUGCCCUGCCUGGAGCAGAAAUGAAGAAGUGCCUUUCCACAUCGUGCCUUAGACAGUUUUUGCUAAUUAACAGCAGAAUCUUUUUAAUGCCCUUUUUUUAAAAAGGAUUUUUAAAGAUCAGCUGUGACCCCUGCCAGUUCCUUGUGGCUGAGCCAAUUCCUCACUGCCUCCUUGCUUCCUUCCUCCUGCUUGACCUCUUUGGUCAAACAAAUCCUGGCCUGAGCACUUCUGUUGCUCCAAGUUCGGCUGUCUGUGAGACUGUGCCAUGGUGAUCCCUGCACUCACAGCCCGGUGAGGGAACCUGUCCUGGGAGGCACCACAAAGCCCUGAGAGCCCUGAGAGAGCUCUGGACAGCAAGGGACAGUCAGGGACGCUGUCACUGUGCUUUCAGGUGUCCUCUCACAUGGCAGGAUGGGAUCCCCCUCCCCUCUGCCCAUACUCCUCCCACCCCAAAGGCAAAUCCAAGGCAGAACAGCAAAGACACAGCAUGAGAGGGGUCUGGAGAACCAGCUGAGAGGAGGCUGAAGCUCCUGCCCUCAUCCCACACUUGUGUGGGACAGGUGACCUGAUUUAUUCUGUGUCUGUGAGAUGGGGCCGCUGGGGACAGCCAGAGGAUGGCAGGACAGCCCUUGGCCCCCCCAGCCCUGUGGGGUGCUGAGCCCAGCGCCAGCGCCCGCUGCUGAUCCCAGCUCUGGCCGUGGAAAGUUACCCCGGACUUUAUCUCCCUCCCCACCCUCAUCCUGCCAUGGACUUUGCCUGAGCCCUGCCUGAGGCUUUUCCGCUGACUCGCAGCUCCUGUGGUGGCCUCCGAGGGGACAGAGCAGUGGUGACACAACAGCGGAGCUUCCCUGGGCACUCCGGGAGCCCGGGGCCACCCUGGGGCUGUGCCCGUGGCCAGCGGGGUUCCAGGGCCGGGGCUGGUCCCGCCCUGCCUCCCCAGGGCCAGAGAACAACCGAGCACUUGGAACGACAGCAGUGGCCUCACCCCAUGAUUUUUGCACCCGGCCUUCCUUGGCAGCUGCCCCAGGAGCCGUGGGGAUGUGUUCCCAGUGCAGGGGAACCAGCCUUCCUCCCCUCUCGUGCUCCAGUUUUAAUUCCAGAUGGAUCCACGCUCAGCAAAACCAACCCACUCCUGCUUGUGGCAUGGGGUGCUGUGAGCUAUGACCUGCUCUGCAGUAGCCAGGGCUGGAAAAUAUCCUGGCUAAAGGGCUUUUUGGUGCUUUCUUAAGCCUUUUUUUUUUUAAGUGUUUGGAGCAAAGCUGUGUUUUACCCCAAGGCAGAUUCUGCCACCUCCUUGGGAGCUGACAGUGCAGCAGCCUCGUGCAGCCAGGCCCUGUGGCAGGAAGCAAUAUUCCCAUUUAGGAUUUUUGAGGAGUGAAACAGCACUGUUGCUGCUGAUCAUAAAAUAAUCCAGUGUUGAAACCCGCCCCUCCAGUAAGUCCAGGUGGUCACAGCAGAACACAGAUGUUGUAUUAUCAUUUUAAACCAGCGUAGUGUCCUGAUUACCUCUGAUUAAAACACAUGGAGCGGGGGAUUUUAGUCUAUUUAUUAAAGACAUGAGACUGGAAUUUGUACCUCAACUGAUGCAUCUCAUGAUUUAAUAUAUUCCAAACUCGAUACUCUAUGAAACACUCGCUUUUAGUACAAAUAAAUAUUUAUAUGUGUAA